AGAACAAAUCUAAAGCUAUUGUUCGUUUUAUUUUGUUGGCUGUUGUAGUUAUGACUUUUAUUUUAUCUAAGAUGUUUUGUGACAUCUAGUGUUCUGUUAUUAUUCUCCAUCAGGGCAUUUUUUCUUGCUAUCUGAACAACAGGUGUAGCUGACAUUUGCUAGCUAGUUAGCUGCUGACGUACCUUACUACAGGUUUUAGAGAACUUUCCCUUGAUGUGAACUGAAGAUUGUACUGCUCCCCAACAUGUCACAUACACAUACACAAGCACACAUGUGUGUGUGCAUGAUCAUCACACUACUCUUUGCCUCUGGACAUGCAGAAGAAAUGAUAAAAGAUGGAAUACAGAACCGUUCUCUGGUAUCCAUCCACUACCUUGCCAGUUUACCUACUCUCCGGGAUAUCAUAGUGAAAGAGGGAGCCAGCACUCUGAUUGAGUGCAAUGUCACUGGAAAGCCAGAUGACAUUCAGUGGUACAAUUCCAAAGGGCACGUUCUGGUUGCGGAAGAGGGAGGUGGGAAAUGGCUGAUUCAGGACAAGGGCGUUUUAAAUAUCACAACGGUCAGUUUUGAAGACCGAGGCCGAUACACCUGCAUAGCCUCCAGCUCGGCAGGGACCUCAAACUACACCAUCACCUUACGGGUGGCCUACGUCCACAGCGGCCUGGGCCUGUACUACGUCAUUGUGUGUCUCAUCGCCUUCACCAUCACCAUGAUCCUCAAUGUCACGCGCCUCUGCAUGGUCAGCAGUCACCUGAAGAAGACGGAGAAGGCCAUCAACGAGUUCUUCCGCACCGAGGGAGCUGAGAAGCUCCAGAAGGCCUACGAGAUAGCCAAGCGCAUCCCCAUCAUCACCUCAGCCAAGACCAUGGAGUGGGCCAAGGUCACCCAGCUCAAGACCAUGGAGUUUGCCCGCCACAUGGAGGAGCUGGCCCGCAGUGUGCCACUUCCCCAGACCAUCCUCAGUUGCAGGGCCUUUGUGGAGGAGGUUAUGGAGACGGUGCACACCUCGGUGGGGGCGACAAGCCUCCAGAAAGCUAUAGAACCAGCCAACCCAGAGGGGAGAGGUAAAACCUGUGAGGUCCAGAUGUCAGCAGAGCAGCAGGGCCCAGCAGCACAUGGCAGAGAGGAUGUUGAUGGUACCAUUGAAAACAGCCUGGACAUUGAGGUGUCUGUACACCCUAUGUCCAACUGUGAGGAUGAGAAGUGGGCUGAAGGGGAUGAGGUAUCUGUACCCAUGCUGGGGCCAUGCUCCAGUGGGAGUGUGGCUUAUGAAAGUCGCAUUUAGUCGUGCCAGUCAGGUCUUUACAACUAAUAUUUUUCAGUUAGUUGAGAGGUCAAAAGCAAAGGGCUGCUCAGAUGGCAACCACAGAUGGUGGGAGUUGAGAGGUAUUUUGUGUUUAGGAUGCUACUGCCUAUUUCAUAGAGAAAAUACACUGGAUGAAACCUAAAGAUGUUUCAGAGAUGAGGCCUUGUGGUUAACUUCCCUACCUGAUAGCAGUGGUAUUUGAUAGCUAUGGUGGGAGGUGAUGAGAGUAUUGUGUUUGGUUUUUACAUCUUUAUUUACUUCACUACUUGCCUCAGUUUAAAGGAAGGAUUGAUUUGGUUGUUUGCUUGUGUGUUUGUAACUUAACAAAUUAGAAAAAAUAAGAAACCUGCACACUGCUCUUGCUAGUAUCACUGCUCUUUAUUAAGCUUUAUGUAUCAGCCUUCAAAAAGCUCUGACGAAGGCCUUGAGGCCGAUAUGUACAGCUUAAUAAAGAGCAGUGAUACUAAUGAGUAGGGUUUGGGAUUCUUCUUUUUUCUCAUCUUAUUCAACCUGCAACAGAGAUGGCUCAGAUGUGCGAGUGCCUUUUUGAAUUUUGUAUCUUAACAAAUAACAUGUUGUUUUUAAAAUCACUUGGGAUAUGGGUUGCACAAGGCAAUCUAGCAAAUUAAGUACAAUUUUACUCGGGGUAAUGGGUGUAAUCAGUGGUAUAAAGUACUUAAGUAAAAAAUACUUAAGUACUACUUAAGUAGUUUUUUGGGGUAUCUGUACUUUACUAUUUAUACUUUUAAAAAUGUUUACUUUUACUUCACUACAUUCCUAAAGAAAAUUAUGUAUUUUUUACUCCAUAUGUUUUCCCUGACACCCAAAAGUACUCGUUAUGUUUUGAAUGCUUAGCAGGACAUGAAAAUGGUCUAAUUCACACACUCAAGAGAGCAUACCCGGUCAUCCCUACUGUCUCUGAUCUGGCGGACUCACAAAGCACAUGCUUCGUUUGUAAAUUAUGUCUGAGUGUUGGUGCGUGCCCCGAGCUCUCUGUAAAUAAAAAAAAACAAGGAAA